GCUUAGUUGUUGUUUAACGUUCUAGCAGCAGGUUGAAAGCGGUCGGAGCCCAUCCAAAAAAGGAUAUAGUUUGGUAGUAUAGUAUAGCCCACGGAAUGCAUUACAUAGUUGGAUUUUGCCUGUGCCUUUUGGCCUUGGGAGUCAAUUCAGCCCCUGUUGACUCCAAAUUCUUUGCUGACUUGCCGAAGUGCUCGACGGAUGAGGAUCAGCUGGGGGAGUGCGUCAAGGAGAUAUUCAAUACGCUGACGCCCCGUCUCAAGAAUGGCAAUCCCGAGCUGAAGAUCGAGCCCUACGAACCUUUGAUCCUCAACCGCACUAGUUUCCAGUACUCCAGUGGCACUGUAAAUGGCCGGAUCACAAUGCGGAAUGCCAGGAUCCAUGGAUUCUCAUCCAAUCGUGCGAAAGAAGUGUCCGUCAAAGUAAACGGCGAUAAGGUCAAACUGCGUUUCGUCACCCAAAUGCCCAUGUUGAACAUUGUUGGCAGCUACAAGGCCGAUUUGGUAGUAAAUCAGCUGCAACUAAAACCCAAAGGAGAUUUCAACGUAACGCUAUUCGACGUGGAGGCAACUACGCUCACUGAUGGCGAAAUCUACGAAAAGGAUGGCCAUCGUUAUUUCCGCCUCAAGAAUAUCGAUUCAAAGCCAAAGAUUAGAGAUUUGAAAAUCAAGGCCAAUGGAAUAUUUGCAGAUCCAGAACUGGAUAAAAUUGCUUUGGAUGUGGCAAAUCAGUAUUGGCGCGAUAUCUACGGCAUCAUGUUGCCCGAGACCCGACAGUAUUGGCAACCCCUUAUGUUACGAAUGUUCAACGAAGCUUUUGAACUGGUUCCCAUCGACCAGUUUAUCAAGGAGUAGAUAAAUAAACGUGUGAUGAUUGGUUAAUGGAACAUAGAUUGUUGCAUUUCUUGCUAUUAAAUGAUAAUAUUUGUUUAUAUUAAUAAACAUUUAUUCUAGGCGCCAUUUGACUGGCCCUCUUAAUGGGAUUAAUUGGAAA